AUGGACGUGCUGUCAGACAGGGCUGUCCAGGAGAAAUACCGGCUGCCCCGUGCGACCAUCCGACGGCUGGUCACUCUGGUGACUCCUCACAUUCAGAGAGCAACCCGCCGUAAUUUUGCUCUCAGCCCGGAGGUGCAGCUCCUGGCUGCUCUGCGUUUUUACGCAGUGGGGAGCUUUCUGGAGGUGGUGGGGGACGGCACCGGUCUCAGCAAGGCGUCUGUGUCCCGGAGUGUGGCAGCUGUCACACCCAUUCUCCUGCGCCAUGCCCGGACGCACAUUAAGAUGCCCACCACACGGGACGAGGUCCGCCAGGCCCAUCAGGGGUUCCACGCAGUGGCUGGGAUCCCCCGGGUGAUCGGUGUGGUGGACGGCACCCUCAUUCCCAUCCUCAAUCCCUCCCUGGUGGAUCCGUGCUGGAUCAGCAGGAAGCACUACGCGGCCAUCAACACUCAGGUGGUGGUGGACCACAACGGCCUCAUUACUGACAUCGUCGCCAGGUGGCCAGGAGGCACACACGACAGUUUCAUUUGGGCCAACUCCGCUGUGGGGCAGAAGGCUGGCAGAGGAGAGUUUGGUCGGAGUGUCGUCCUAGGGGACAGUGGCUACCCUCUCCGGAGUUACCUCGUGACGCCGGUAACCAACCCAGCAACACCACAGGAGGAGAGGUUCAAUGAGGCCCACACACGCACCAGGACGAGGGUUGAACGGGUGUUUGGCACGUGGAAGUCCCGCUACAGGUGCCUUCAUCGUUCGUCGGGGGGGCUGCGCUUGUCUCCACGCAAGUGUUGCCAAGUGAUUGUUGUCACCGCCAUGCUGCACAACAUCGCAGUGAGCGUUGGUGCAGAUGAGCCGCCUCCUGUGGAUGACGAGGAGGAACAUUCAGAGGACGAAGCCCCGAUCCCCGCCCCCCAGAAUGUGCGAGCAGUGCUCCAUCAGGCCGGUGCUCAGACCAGGCAGGAACUCGUCAACCUCUUCUGA